AGGAAGACCCUUUAAUUGGGCCAUGCACGUUUUAAUUUGUUUCUGUUUUGGGGCAGACAAACUCUUUCUUCAGCUUUGAAUAAAAAUAAAACUCAUCAUCCUAGAAGGAGAUUGCUGGACAAUUUCUGCAGGAAAAGUAAAAAAGUAACAAUUUUGGACUUGUUAACACAGGUGAAGAACUUAUCUAAACAUGUGCAGCAUUGGUGAAGAUGACUUCGGCGAUGAGGGUGGAGUUCAUUCCAUGAUACCUGAUGUAAAGACCAGCCAACCACAAUUGUCCAUUGACAAUGAUAUACUGUGUAAUAAAUGUAAACAACCUGGAGCAACAUAUAAAUUGGCUUUUCGAGAGCCAGAAUGCAAGGAAUGCUUCCUCAACUAUGUGCGUCACAAAUUUCGUGCUGCAUUGGGUUCUUCCAAAGUGUUACCGAAAAAUGCAAAUGUCCUAUUGGUAUUUGACUGUAGUGCCCAGUCGUUGGUUCUUUUGGAUAUGCUACACCAUGCCCAGACUCAAAACACAUUUAAGAGAUUGCAUUGUAAUGCUACAGUGCUUUAUAUCGAUGACUAUCAGAUGCAUAUUGAUGGAGAAUGUUCGCCGGAAUAUGAAAAACACCUGAAAGAUGUUCAAAGUACCUGUAGCACAUACGAGCAUUUUGAUUGUUAUAUCCUGCCUUUAGUGAAAACUGAUACUGUCAAUGAUUUAAUAUUCAAUUUGAAAUAUUUGCCAGAGGAAUAUAGUGCCAACGUUGACAAACAUAAAUCACAGUUUAAGGAAUUGCUGAAUUGCAUGAGGUCACUUACAUCGAAACAGGAUUUUAUCAAACAUUACCGUAGUAAAGUUAUAGGACUUGCUGCAAAGCAUUUUCAAUGUCAAUUUGCUUUUAAAGCGGAUAUAAGCUCUGAUUUAGCCUCGGAUCUUUUGGCAGCCAUUGCUCUGGGGAGAGGUGGUAGUGCUGCUUUGGAUGUUGCCUUGGUGGAUAAUCGGUUAGAUGAUGAUAUAAAAAUUGUCAGACCUCUGAAAGACUUAACGGAGGAAGAGAUAAAUUUGUAUGUAAUAGCUCAAAAUCUCAAAUUGUUAGAACAGAGGAGUUAUGGCAGCGACUUUGGACCAUCAGCUAGUUUACAAAACCUUACGAAAGCAUUUGUUGAGGAUCUGCAACAAAAUUAUUCUUCGACAGUAUCAACGGUGUUUCGUACAGGAUCGAAAAUUGCUUCACAAAUGGAUGAAAAAUCUGAACUAUGUUGUGUGUUUUGCAAGUCUGUUUUGGACUACAAAGAUUCCAACACGUUGUUGGCCAUAGAAUUUUCACGUAUAGUCUCAGAGUGUGGCAUCAAGACGGAAGAUAUCUCUGAGCUGAGUAUGGAGGCGCAUAAACAUGUUGAGGGCGAUAUUGAGGGAAGGGAUUUAACAAAAGUGUGUCAUGCUUGUCGAAAUAUUUAUGCAGAUUCUAGUAAUAAGGAUAUAUUGUUGUUAUAACGAUUUGUAAUAAAUACUGACAGAAAAACUAAAAUUCAAUAUUACUAGCAAUUUUUAAUAAAAAACAUUUUGUAAAUUUUAUUUUACAUGGUAAACAAA